AUGGCGACCACUGUGAAUGGCAAGGACGGCAAGGGGCCUCCGUCGGCGGCGACGAAUCUGAUCGCCGGCGGAGGAGCAGGUAUGAUGGAAGCCCUGGCAUGCCAUCCCCUCGACACAAUAAAAGUGCGCAUGCAACUCUCCCGCCGCGCCCGCCAACCUGGCGCCCCCAAACGCGGCUUCAUCAAAACCGGCGCCGAGAUUAUAAAACGCGAAACUCCUCUGGGCCUCUACAAGGGCCUAGGCGCCGUCCUCACCGGCAUCGUGCCCAAAAUGGCCAUCCGUUUCACCUCGUUCGAAACAUAUAAGCAAAUGCUCGCUUCCGACACAGGUAUAGUCUCAGGACAAGCGACUUUCCUGGCCGGUCUCAGCGCAGGAGUUACCGAAGCCGUCGCCGUAGUGACGCCCAUGGAAGUCAUCAAGAUCCGGCUCCAAGCCCAACACCACAGCAUGGCGGACCCGCUCGACAUCCCCAAGUACCGCAACGCGGCGCACGCGUGUUACACGGUGGUGAAAGAGGAAGGGGUGGGAGCGCUGUAUAGGGGCGUUUCGCUUACGGCGCUCAGGCAGGGGAGUAAUCAGGCGGUGAAUUUUACCGCUUAUACGUAUUUUAAGAAGUGGUUGCAGGAGUAUCAGGGUGGUUAUGAGGAGGGGGGAAAGAACUUGCCCAGUUGGCAGACUACGAUUAUUGGGUUGGUCAGUGGAGCUAUGGGGCCGUUGAGUAAUGCGCCGAUUGAUACGAUUAAGACGAGGUUGCAAAAGAUGCCGGCGGAGGAGGGGGUUUCGGCUCUGCAGCGGAUUACGAAGAUUGCGGGGGAGAUGUUUAAGCAAGAAGGAUUCCAUGCCUUUUACAAGGGCAUCACCCCCCGGAUCAUGCGGGUUGCUCCCGGCCAGGCGGUCACCUUUACCGUGUAUGAGUUCUUGAAGGAGAAGUUGGAGAAGAGUGGGCCGGUGAUGAUCACUGGCAAAUACGAGGAGUAA